GACGCUGUUCCUCCCCCAAAGUUGGGACCUGACAAGGAUCCCCAAGUGCUCAGGAGGAUUCCCGCAAGGCAAGCGUGGAGCGAUUCCGGCCAAAAAGGGGGGGGGGUGUCCGCUGAGGAGGAUGGACGCCCAGGGGGCAGGAGCGCCACAUGGUGGAGGACUGGAGCACGGGCUCUUGGCAGGGCCUGUUGCUGGCCCAUUGGCCCGCUUGGGUCUGUGAGGCAUGCAAGGCCGUGACCAGUGGAGAGCGGGGGCCAUGUUGGGCACUGACUCCGCGGAGCAGGCAUGCCAGGAGGUGGGGGACAGUGGGGGGCUCUGGGCCACGUGCCCCCCGCCCCCCCACCCAUUCUGGACAGCGGUCUUCGACUACGAGGCAAUGGCAGAAGAGGAGCUCACCCUGCGGAGAGGAGACCUGGUGGAGGUUCUCUCGAAGGAUUCCACGGUCUCUGGGGAUGAGGGCUGGUGGACGGGGAAGCUCCAGCAGAAGGUGGGCAUCUUCCCCAGCAACUACGUCGCCAGCGACCCCGCGUACGGCCAGCUCCAGGGCUCCCUGCACUGUCCUCCUCCUCUUCCCCCCCUGGAAAUCUCCUUCCAGGAACUGGAACUGGACGAGAUCAUUGGCGUGGGGGGCUUUGGGAAGGUCUACAAGGGCCUGUGGCGAGGGGAGGAGGUGGCGGUGAAGGCCACCCGCCAGGACCCUGAAGAAGACGUCGCAGUGACAGCAGAGAGCGUACGGCAGGAGGCCCGGCUCUUCGCCAUGCUGUGCCACCCCAACAUCAUUGCCCUGAAGGCCGUUUGCCUCAGCCCCCCCAACCUGUGCCUGGUGAUGGAGUAUGCCCGCGGUGGGGCCCUCAACCGGGCCCUGGCGGGCAAGAAGGUGCCCCCCCAUGUGCUGGUCAACUGGGCCGUCCAGAUUGCGCAGGGCAUGAACUACCUCCACAACGAGGCCGUCGUCUCCAUCAUCCACCGAGACCUCAAGUCCAUCAACAUUCUAAUCCUGGAGCGCAUCGAGAAUGAGGACUUAAGCGGCCGGACCCUCAAGAUCACAGACUUUGGCCUGGCCCGGGAGUGGCACAGGACCACCAAGAUGAGCGCUGCCGGGACCUACGCCUGGAUGGCGCCCGAGGUCAUCAAGCACUCGCUCUUCUCCAAGAGCAGUGACGUGUGGAGCUUUGGGGUGCUGCUGUGGGAACUGCUGACAGGCGAGGUUCCGUACCGCGAGAUCGAUGCCCUUGCUGUGGCCUAUGGCGUGGCCAUGAACAAGCUGACGCUGCCCAUCCCUUCCACCUGCCCGGAACCCUUCGCCCGCUUGCUGCAGGGAUGCUGGAGCCCGGAGCCCCACGCCCGGCCGGACUUUGGCUCCAUCCUGCAGCAGCUGGUGGCCAUCGAGCAGUCGGCCAUGUUCCAGAUGCCCCUCGAGUCCUUCCACUCAUUGCAACAGGACUGGAAGCUGGAGAUCGCCGGCAUGUUCCACGACCUGCGCACCAAGGAGAAAGAGCUGCGGAGUCGUGAGGAAGAGCUGCUGCGGGCCGCUCAGGAGCAGAAGACCCAGGAGGCGGAACUGCGCCGGCGUGAGCAGGAGUUGGCGGAGCGCGAAAUUGACAUCGUGGAGCGGGAGCUGAACCUCAUCAUGGCCCAGAUGGGCCAGGGGAAGCCGUGCGUGAAGAAGCGCAAGGGGCAUUUCCGGCGCUCCCGCCUCAAGCUGCGCGACGGCAACCGCAUCAGCCUCCCCUCGGGGUUUGAGCACAAGAUCACGGUGCAGGCGUCGCCCACGCUAGACCGGCGGAAAGGGCUGGGGGCCAAUGGGGCCAGUCCUCCCGGGAGCCCCAUCGCCAUCCCCCGCCUGCGUGCCAUCCGCUUGACGCCGUUGGACGGAAGCCGGACCUGGGGGCCCAAGAAGGAGGAGCUAGUGGGGGCCAAGAAGAAAGUCCGGACCUGGGGGCCAAGCUCCACCAUCCACAAGGAGAGACUUGGUGGGGAGGAGAGGUUGAAGUCCCUGGCGGAGGGGAGCAAGCAGUGGUCGUCCAGCGCGCCCAACCUGGGCAAGUCCCCCAAGCACGUGCCGCUGGCGGUGGGCUUUGCCAGCCUGACGGAGAUGGAAGAGUACACGGAGAAGGAGAGCAGCACCCCUCCCUCCCCUUCCCUCCCUCUCUUGCCGCUGGACAUUGAAGCGGACACUGCUGUGCCCCUGCUGCCGCCGGCUGCCGAGGGGACCCGGCGUGCCCCUCCCCCCUCCCGUCGACGCAGUGAGCUGGUGUUGCUGGGCUGUGCCUCCAUCUUGGCCUCCAUUGCACUGGGGGCGGAGCUGGCGGAGCUGGCGGGGGGAGGGCUGUGGCCCCGGGCCCCUCCGUCCGGGCCCUCCCGCUCCGUCACCCUGCUGUCCCUCUCGUCCCUCUCGGACUGCAACUCCACCAAGUCCCUGCUGCCGUCGGACAGCGACGAGGCCCCCACGUCCGAGCCCCCCGGCCUCCUGGAGAGCCCCCCGGCACCUCCGCGCUACAACCCCCUGGUGGACGUCACCGUGGAGAGCUUCAAGAAGGACCCCCGCCAGUCGCUCACCCCCACGCAUGUCAGUGCCACGCAGGCCGUCAGCCGGGGGCACCGCCGAACCCCAUCGGAUGGGGCUCUCCGCCGGAGCCCCGACUGCCAGGGCUCCCAGGAAGUGCUGCCCUCCCCAUGGCUGCCAGAUCCUCCUUCGCCCAUCGUUUCCCAAGCCCGCCACAAGGCUGUGGGGCAGACCGCCCUGAACCCCGCACCAGUGGAGCGCCCCCAGACCCUGGCCUUUGCUCCCCGGCCGCGCCCGGCCUCCAGCCGGCACCGCAUCGACCCCUGGAAACUCAUCUCGUUGGGCCGGACUCCGGGAGGCGCCUCCUCCUCCCCAGGCGAGGCCCCCCAGGGGAGCCCCGCCUUGCGCCAGACCCUUCUGGACGUCGAUACGGAAGGACAGCACCGGGACAGCACCCUGCCCUUGUGUGGGCCGCAAACCUCGUGCUGUAGCCUGGAGACGGACGUAUCCCACUGACCCCACAAGCCUCCCCAGGCGGGCCGGCCGUUUCCUCCCCACCCCUGCCAGCCAGGUGCUCCGGGACGAGGCUCCCUGCGUGCAUUGCAAGGGACAGGUGGGGCCUGCGCAGGCUGCUGUAUUUAUGGACUCGGGGGCUACCACGUGGAGCUCCUUUCCAAGCAGUGUGACAGCUCAGCCUGUAGAGGGUGCUGGGC